AUGUCUUCUGCAAAUGCCGUCUACACCGGGGUCUGGACCAACUGGUCCCAUGGCCAGAUUCGCGGGGCCACUCUCACCCUACCCCAGGAAUACGCCGGACUCUUGACGGCGUUUCUUGCCAUCUUUGUCUCCUUCGCGGGAACUAUGAUGUGGCGGAUUCUCUGCUUUAUCAUACACCAAGCCAACACCACACCCCCUUCGGAAAAGCGAGAUUUCCUACAUCACAGUCGCCAGGUGAUCCUUCGAAACAGCGGCUCAGGGACGGCAGCAGCAUGGGCAUUCACCAUGCUGGCAUGGAACGCUGGCAGAAAGGCCCCGCGAGGCUUACUCCGAAUUCUUCCCCUCGCGCUCCUAGCACUCCUCAACGUAGCCUUGUUCGGAGUCUCGGGUGUGUUCACUUCGUAUGUGACCAAAGUCCCGGGCAACACAACCAUUAUCCUGGGUCCCCACUGCGGUGGAGCUGAAUCAAGCUCGGCAGAUACGGGUGGGAUCUACUUAUCCAAGUUGUUGGAAGAUACAAAACAAGCAUCAGCCUAUGCGAAACAAUGCUAUCAGGGCAGUUCAUCAUUAGCCUGCGGGACUUACGUCCGCCGAAGCUUACCUUUCACGACCCACCAAAAUGUUUCCUGCCCGUUCGCAAAGGGCCUGUGCAGGUUUAAUGACGAAUCUGCCUUUGCGAUGGACACGGGCUUGUUGGAUUCGCAUGAUGACUUUGGGAUCAACGCCCCACCCAAGAACCGAAUCAAGUUUCGACGGCUUACGACCUGUUCCCCGAUCUAUGGCGCCGACUUUGGCAGUGACCGGGAUGAGCCUGGCCUGGGUCCGGUUGUUUAUAUCAAUGCUGGAUUGAUUCCGCAGCAGGUUGAGAUGGGCAAUAACUGGACAUUCUCCUAUGUUGCCCGCUCCGCAUUCGAUAGGAUACAUGGGUACUCGCUGAGUUCUGUUUACGGGCAAGCCGACCCUACCGGUGUUCUUCACAGUACUGGGCUUAUGUGGUAUCCCGACCCAAAACUGAACCAAACCGACUCAGACAUCACCCUAAUGAUGCUCACGCAAAAUGGUGUUUAUUAUCAAACGCCAAGCGACGAUCCCUGGAUCGCCGCCCACCAGACGCUUAACGGAAGCGAAGUGUAUACGGGGGACUACACGGUUAGUUUGCUGGGAUGCAUCGACCAGUAUCAAUUCUGCAACCCAAACCUGGAGGGCGAUACGGCAUGCAGCAAAUUGGGAGGCAUAAAUUCGGUGGUUCAAGACAUGGUCGAUCGAUUCGUUUACAUGAAUGGGGAUCAGCUCGCGACAAUGGAGCGGUUCAUGACGACAACGCACUUACAUUCAAUGCAUCAAGCCGUCCAAGGCUGGGGAGGGUCAGCGCUAGACAUCGGCCAAAAGCUGUACAACGGACUGCAGUACUCCGUCCCUCCUAACCAAUGGCAAAUCGAAGUCUCGAACUGGUUUGCCCUUUCUCUCGCCAAGGCGCAAGCAUGGGCCAUCGAAUGGGCAACCGAACCCCUGAACUUCGGCGCCCCCCGAGAAGGCGACGAUUCCCCAUGGGACUACAGCCCGCCCACCACGCCCGAGGGCCAAUCCCAAUGCAGAAACCAACUCAUCCACAAUUCAGGAGACUACAAGAACUUGUCGGUCUUGGGAAUGGGCCUGAUCCUGGCCCUUGGGGGCUUGAUAAUCAUCCUUGGCUUGUGCCUGGAUACCGGCGUGGGGCUGCUGCAGCGUGGGAAACGCGCCUAUUUGCGAGAGCAGUGGCAGACAGAGGAGACACUGGGGUUGCAUGGCGCUGCUUAUCGGGCUCUAGGGGUCUCAACGAAUUGGGGCGAGGAAGUGCCGCCCAGCUCAGUGUUUCAGGGUCUCACCUCUGCCACUGAUGGCUAUCGUUCAGUUCCCUUAGACGGGGGUGAUGCUGAGAGGAAAUCCGAUGGUGGCAUAACGGUGUCGGAACGAUAUCAGUCGCAUCGUGAUAUAGUAGCUUAG